AUGAUCAAAGGUUAUGGACCGGGUUUCUCGUGGUCACUCAUAAUAUACGGUUCCUUCUGUGGUGGCGCCGCAAUCAUCAUUGCAGCUAUUGGGGUAGUAGCUUGUUUCAUGGAAGCUUUACAAGGCACGAUAAUGCUUAUCCUCGACGGCAUCGCAUCGUUUAUCCUUCUCACAGGAGGAAUCGCAUACGCGGCGACAAUCAAAGUCGGUAACUGCGAUGAUUUUAUUGGUUAUGUCAUUCACCAUAACAAUCCGUUCAGCUUCACGGAGAGACGUCUUAGCUUUAGGGAAACCACUGAUGAAGCUACGAGUAGAUGUCGAGAAACUCAGGCAAGCACGGCAUUUCUUUGGUUCACAGCGGCAUGUUUUAUUGGGUCAAUUGUCAUUCAAUUUUUGGGUCGUAAACGUGGUGGUGGUGUUGCGAGUUACCCGUAG